AUGGCUUCCCCUAGCAUUCUCACCUUUGACGCUGAGGGUCAGGCAGUGGAGUUUGAGGUCUGGGUAGAUGGACUGCAGCUUUUUCUGCAGUGCGAUAGGGCAGACGGUCUCUCCCUGUUUGACCUCACUUCUGGUGCCUCCCCUGCCCCUGCUGCUGAUGCUGACACCACUGUUCGCUCUCAGUGGGCCACACAUGAUGCUGCUGCUCGCCUUGCUGUUCGCCGCCACUUACCGACCACUGAGCGUGCGCACUUUAGCCAGGACCACUUUUUCUCUGUUUGCCCCACCACUCUCACCGUUGACCUCCUCGAGAAGGCCCUCCUAGCGAUAGAGAAGAGCAAAAUCGCUGUAGGAGCCUCUCGUGGUGACCCUCGCACCCCCGUCUUUGAGGGGUGUUCUCCCUCCCCCCUCUUGCCCUCUGUUGCCUCUGCUGCUGCGGCCGACCUCGUUGGUUUCGAGUCGGUUGGCGCUGCGUCUGCCCCAAGCGGGAGACGCCGCCCUGGCAAGGGCAAGGGGGGCAAGGGCACUCGAGGGGGUGGAGGGGGCGGUGGAGGUGGGGGUGGAGGCGAUGGAGGGAGUGGGGGUGAUGGUGGGAGUGGUGCCGGGGGUGGUGGCGGCGGCGGCAGCAAUGGAGGCGGCGGAGGCGGUGGAGAUGGCGGAGGGAGCGGAGGCGGCGGAGGUAAUGGAGGAGGCGGAGGUGGAGGAGGCGGCGGAGGCGGCGGAGGCGGCGAUGGAGGCGGAGGCGGCGGUGGUGGAGCGAGUCGCGACUCUGCGCCGAGGAGUGGCUCUGGUGGUGGUCAGCGCCACCAGCAGCAGCGGAGUGGUGUGACCAUGUCCCCUCAGCAGCUUCGUGAGUGGGUUGCUAUCUUUGAUCUUGACUUUGAUGCUAUUCUUGCUGCCAUGUAUGCUGUUGCUGAUAGUGUUGAGGGUGCCUAUUACCUGAGUGUACUGCAUGACCCGGGCAUUGAGGCUGCUGCGCUAGGUGCUGGUGAGACUGCUGCUCUAGGUGCUAGUGCGUCUGCCGCCCCAGGUGCUGGUGAGUCUGCUCUCUCAGGUACUACGUCGGCUCAGCUCUUCCACACCUUCACCCUGGACUCGGGUGCGUCCCGCUCCUUCUUUCAAGACCGCAUCACUCUUACGCCGCUUAGUCGGCCAGUUGCAGUCUCCCUCGCAGACCCCUCUGGGGGUCCUGUCCUUGCUAGCUUCUCCACUGUCCUUCCGGUCCUCUCUUCCUUCUCUUGUUGA